AUGUCCCUGCUACGUCUAUCGCGCCCUCUCGCUCGACAGCGGAGUCACGCACAAGAUCUUCUACGAUGCUCAGACACUCAUAGCCCGCCAAUACGAUGUCUGGCGACCGCUGGACCGCUCAACGAACCGGAGGCCUCCCCGGCCAACGCUCCCACUGUCAACUCCCAGCAGCUCUCACAGCUGAAGCGGCCCUUUCGCGGAGGACAGGAUCUGUCGAGGCGGCAUGAACGUCUGGAGCGCUCAUUGCGGGGCAAGACGCUGUAUGGUCGCGAGAUACAGGACCUGCAGGGACAGCGGGAGUCAUCGCAGGAGGACGUGCCUUUCACUUCCGCGGAGAACACGCGCGAAGCCAGUACGCAUGCGGGGCAGAAGACGCAGAGGAUAUUCAAGGGGUUCGUGAUCCCUCAGCCUCCCAAACCUCCUGCGGAAGACGAGUGCUGCAUGUCCGGCUGUGCGGUUUGCGUGUACGACCUCUACGACGAAGCGCGACAAGACUACGUCCAAGCCCUCGGCAAGCUACACGCCAAUCUCGACAAGAUGGGCGUGCCGGAAGACCAGUGGCCUGCGGACAUUCGGCGGACACCAGACUCUCCCCAGCCCGCUAAGCGAGCGGACGUGGUCCUCAGCGCCUUCGAGCAGUUUGAGAAAGCUCUCAAGGAGAAGAGUCUCCGGCCAGUUCAGGAGGAACCGACGGGAGGCGGUGGGGGCGGUGGAAACUCCGCGCGCAGCGAGGGUCAGUAUACUACCAUCUGA